AUGGAAGAGCCGAGUUCAAGCACAGCCGGCUCGUCGGCACCAACCUCAGGCGCAACCCGCAAGAAGUCACGCAGAGGCGCGGAUGCUGCAACCCAGAAGCGACGAUGUGUGAGCACGGCAUGUAUAGCCUGCCGGAAACGCAAGUCGAAAUGUGAUGGUGCCCUUCCUAGUUGUGCUGCAUGUUCCAGCGUAUAUGGAACUGAGUGCGUUUACGACCCCAACUCAGAUCAUCGCCGGAAAGGCGUCUAUCGUGAAAAGGUUGACAGCAUGAAAGCACACAAUUCAACGUUACAAAUUUUAAUCGAAGCUAUUUUGAAUGCUGAAGAGGAGGACGUGUCAGACGUUGUUCAGAAAAUUCGUACCUGCAAUAGCCUCGAUGCUGUUGCCGAAGACAUUAUCAAGCUGCAACAGCAACAGCAGAAUCAGCAAACACAACCGCAAUCGAUAAUACAACCAACCAAUGAUGAUUCUGACGAUUAUGAUCAAUCCAAUGAAAACUACACCACAGAUCAGCCAGUGCAGGGCGAAAGGGAUCUGGCUCGCAAAAUGGGUGAACUCAGACUUGAGAAUGGCAAUGUUCGUUUCAUCGGAGGCACCUCUCAUCUUAUCUAUCUGAGCGACCCAACUCAUGAAGGAGAACUCGAGCCAAAUUUUGAAGACUAUAUGUCAGGAGAAGACCCUAUUACGUCUUGGACUCGCGUUACUCAAGACACUCAGCUCAUUACGCACCUAAUCAACAUGUAUUUCAACUGGCAUUAUCCUUACUUCACUACACUGUCAAAAACACUGUUCUUUCAAGACUUUUUGAGGGGCAAGGCCGGAAUAGGGCGAGGUACCGCAUACUGCUCUUCGCUCCUAGUCAACGCUAUGCUUGCAUUGGGUUGCCAUUUCACAAGUAUAGCUGGCGCAUAUGGCACUCCUGGAGAUAGCCGAACGAAAGGCGAUCACUUUUUUGCUGAAGCAAAACGUCUAAUUGUUGAAAAUGAUGAGUAUGAGAAGCCUCGCUUGGUGACAGUUCAAGCGUUGGCCCUGAUGUCUGUGAGAGAAGCUGGCUGCGCUCGUGAAGCCAAGGGGUGGGUUUACAGCGGCAUGAGUUUCCGCAUGGCUGAAGACAUUGGUCUCAACCUAGAUGUUGGCCAACUCGACAAAGAACGAAUGAGCGAUUAUGAGAUUGAUGCUAGGCGCAUCACAUUUUGGGGCUGCUAUUUAUUUGACAAGUGCUGGUCCAACUACCUUGGCAGGCUUCCACAAAUACCCAAGAGCUCGUUCAACGUUUCCAAGUUCGAUGUAUUCCCCGAUGAGGACGCCGAGGCAUGGUCGCCUUACACGGACAAUGGAUUUGACCAGUCAUUCAAGCAACCAUCAAGAACACGCGCUAUCGCUCUUCAAAUGUCAAGACUUUCUGAAAUCAGUAGUGAUUUACUCGCUUUCUUCUACCAUCCGAGCAACAUUGGCAGGUCCAGCGGGAAGGCCGUGGAGUUGAAGAAGUUGAGUGACCUACACCGACGCCUAGAAGAAUGGCGAAAGGAGUUACCAAGAGAAUUUGAGCCCAAAGAUGGCCAACUACCCAAUGUGCUUCUUAUGCACAUGUUCUUUCACCUCCAAUACAUACACCUCUUCCGACCCUUUUUGAAAUACUCACCAACAGCUUCGCCUCUCCCACCGCACGUCUCGCCACGCCGUAUCUGUACGGCAAACGCCGGUGCCAUAUCAAAACUUCUCCGAUUGUAUAAGAAGCUUUGGAAUCUACGGCAGAUCUGCAAUAUUGCUGUGUAUAUGGUACAUAGCGCAUGUACGAUACAUUUACUGAACCUACCUGAGAAGACAGCCCGAAGGGACAUCACCCAUGGAGUGAAGCAUUUAGAAGAGAUUGCAGAAGACUGGCUCUGUGCGAGAAGAACCUUGAGCAUCCUGAGCGUCCUUGCUCGAAAGUGGAAUUGCGAACUCCCUGAAGAUGCUGCAUUCGUGCUUCAUCGGGCCGAUGAAAAGUACGGGACAUACAGCACCUCUGACGUGCCUUCGCCUCAUUCACAAGCGGGCGCUUCGCCCCUUUCUGAUGGUGGCCUGGGACUGAAGGCCAUGGGUGAAUACAGCCCAUUUCCCCAAUACAACCGAGCACAGUUGGCCCGACCCAUGCAGCAGCUCCAGCAGCAACAACCACAACACCAGCCACAAAGAUCUGUAACAGAUGCUAUGAUGACAAGUGCUCCACUGUCGAAUACUACUCUGGCUCAGCAGCAAGGCAUGCCUGCGAACAGAGCUAACGCGGGUUUUGGCCCCGAACCUAUGGGCGGAUGGGGUGCUGUUCCUGUUACAUCAUCAAUGGCAUCCUAUCAGCAGGCAUUCGCGCCUAUCAACCGCAACAACAUGGUAAACGCCGGCACAGGCGUCCCGACUGUCAGCAAUACGUCAACAUCUAAUCGGCCGAUGAGGAUGGACGGUCAAGAAUGGUUCUUGAACGACAGCGCGAGAUGGCACCAAAGUUUUGAGGCCUGGCAAAUGGCGAACAAUGGGCAAGACAACUCGGUCUUUAUUUUUGGAGACAGCAGCAACCAAGACGCCCCUAACACCCAGGCCGACGGCAAUAGCAGCAUGCAGGCUGAUACCAACGACCAGAUAGCCGCGCUCGAUGGGUUAGGGGCAUCAUUGUCCCGGGGCGGUUGGCUACCAGGUUUAGAUUGA